UUCACAUCUGAAACCUCAAAUCCUAAAUCUGUAAAUUUGGUGGAAAAAAUGUCAGGCCGAGGAAAAGGAGGCAAGGGAUUGGGGAAGGGAGGUGCCAAGAGGCACAGAAAGGUGCUCCGAGAUAACAUUCAGGGCAUUACCAAACCUGCCAUUCGUAGAUUGGCCAGAAGAGGUGGCGUGAAAAGAAUCAGCGGUUUGAUAUACGAAGAAACUAGAGGAGUGCUGAAGAUAUUCUUGGAGAAUGUAAUUCGUGAUGCUGUAACUUACACCGAGCAUGCUAGGAGGAAGACUGUCACUGCAAUGGAUGUUGUUUAUGCCUUGAAGCGACAGGGAAGGACUCUCUAUGGUUUCGGAGGCUGACCAAUACUUUACUUUAUUUUUUAAUUACUACUUUCUUAUGAAAGUUUCUCUGAGAACUUGUUUAGUUUUAUCAGAUGUAAAACUUUUCAAAUUAUAUGGAUUAAGAUUUCUCUAA